UGAAUAUUUCAUUUAGAAGAGUGUUGAUUUUGUUAUAAUUGCAUAUCUGAGGGGGAAAAUCAAGCUUUCGAUUCGGUUGCUCGGAAAAUGCAAAGACUGCAGCGGUACAUGACGAGGAGUAAUAGUAUCGCUAGAGGGAAGAGGAGUUUGGAAGGAUAUGAGGACCAGGAGCCGGAGCCAAAGCCAAAGCGUCCCGCUUUAGCUAGUGUAAUUGUAGAAGCUCUUAAGGUGGACAGCUUGCAGAAACUUUGCUCAUCUUUGGAACCCAUUCUUCGUAGAGUUGUAAGUGAAGAGGUGGAAAGAGCUUUGGCAAAAUUAGCUUCCCCAACACUUAAUGGAAAGUCUUCUCCAAAACGGCUUGAAGGUCCAGAUGGAAGAAGCUUACAGCUCCACUUCAGGUCCAGGUUGUCCCUCCCUAUUUUCACAGGAGGAAAGGUAGAAGGGGAGCAGGGUGCUGCCAUCCAUAUUGUUAUGGUUGACUCCAAUACUGGACAUGUUGUAACAACAGGACCUGAAGCUUCUGUAAAGGUAGAUGUUGUUGUGCUUGAAGGUGAUUUCAACAAUGAGGAUGAUGAAGAUUGGACACAGGAAGAAUUUGAAAGCCAUGUGGUAAAAGAGCGUGAAGGAAAAAGACCACUGCUAAUGGGAGACUUGCAAGUGACCCUCAAAGAAGGUGUUGGAACAUUAGGAGACCUCACUUUUACUGACAAUUCAAGUUGGAUAAGAAGCAGGAAAUUCAGGCUUGGCUUGAAGGUUGCUUCUGGAUUCUGUGAGGGCAUACGUGUACGGGAAGCUAAGACAGAGGCUAUUACUGUCAAGGAUCACAGAGGGGAAUUGUAUAAGAUGCACUACCCACCUGCAUUGAAUGAUGAAGUAUGGAGAUUGGAAAAGAUUGGGAAAGAUGGGUCAUUUCACAAGAGGCUUAACACUGCAGGAAUACUAACUGUUGAAGACUUUUUGCGACUUGUUGUCAGGGAUCAGAAAAAGUUACGAAAUAUUCUGGGAAGUGGCAUGUCAAAUAAGAUGAGGGAAGCUCUUUUAGAUCAUGCAAAGACUUGUGUGCUGAGUGGGAAGCUCUAUGUUUACUAUACUGAUGAUUCAAGAACCAAUGGUGUUGUUUUCAAUAAUAUCUACGAGUUGAAUGGCCUUAUUUCUGGGGAACAGUAUUUACCUGCCGAUUUUCUAUCUGAUAGUCAGAAGGUUUAUGUAGAUUCAAUGGUAAAGAAAGCCUAUGACAAUUGGAAUCAUGUCAUAGAGUAUGAUGGCCAAUCACUGUUGAACUUUAAGCAAAAUAGGAGGUCAAGUGCACGAAAUGAAUUUCAGUCGGGUGCACUGGAUUACCCAAGUGCUGUAGAUCAUCAGCUGCAGUUACCACGGUUGCCAGUUCCAAUUCCUACUGAGCAAGUUUAUUCAGGCCUACCAGGCGGAGGGUAUAAUGAUAAACGGUCCACCAGAUACUCGGGGCAGUCCCAGAUUGAGAAUUCAAAUUCUCAUAAACAACUUGGCAGCACGCAGUUUGCGCCACACGACCAAUUAACUGACAAUUAUCAGCAACCUCAAGGCUUGAAAAAUGAUAGCAAUGUUGUUGGGCUGGCUCUCGGUCCUCCACAACCUUCUUCCAUAGAGUUCCAAAACAUUGGUUCUUCAAUGCAGCCGUUAAAUCCUAAUCCAUUUGAUGAUUGGACGAACAACCAGGAUAAGGGAGUCGAGGACUUCUUUUCGGAGGAAGAGAUUCCUAUGAGAAGCAAUGAAAUGCUCGAGAAUGAAGAUAUGCAGCACCUUCUCCGCCUCUUCAGCAUGGGAGGUCCUAACGUGACGGAGGACGGUGGGUAUGGAUUCCCAAAUUACAUGCCGUCCCCAAUGCCAAACUUCGUAGACGAAGAUCGUUCACGUCCUGGAAAAGCUGUUGUCGGGUGGCUGAAGAUUAAGGCAGCAAUGAGAUGGGGGUUCUUUAUCCGAAAGAAAGCUGCCGAGAGACGGGCACAGAUAGAGGAGCUAGAAGAGGAAGAAGAAUAGUUAUUGGAGUCUUCUUUGUUUAAG